ACUACUACUACUACCAUCAUCACUACUACUACUACUACUAGUACUACUACCAUCAUCACUACUACUACUACUACCAUCAUCACUACUACUACUACCACCACUACUACUACUACCAUCAUCACUACUACUACUACUACUACCUGUACUACCACCACCAUUACUACUACUACUACUACUACUACUACUACUACAACCACUACUACUCCUACUACUACAACUACUAUCAUCAUUACUACUACUACUACUACUACAACCACUACUACAACUAUCAUCAUUACUACUACUACAACUAUCAUCAUUACUACUACUACAACUACUACCACUACCAUCAUCGUUACUACUACAACAACUAUCAUCAUUACUACUACAACUACUACUACUACUACUACUACUACAACUACUACAACUACUACUACAACUAUCAGCAUUACUACUACUACAACUACUACUACUACUAUUACCACCACUACUACUACAACUACUACUACUACUACUACUACCACCACUACUACUACUACUACAACAACUACUACUACCACCACUACCAUCAUCAUUAAUACUAAAACUACUACAGCUAGCCUCACUACUACUACUACAACUACUACUACCUCCACUACUACUCCUAACACCACUACCAUCAUCACUAUUACUACCACCACUACCACCAUCAUUACUACUACUACAACUACUACAACUACAACUACUACAACUAUCACCAUUACUACUACUACAACUACUACAACUACAACUAUCAUCAUUACUACUACAACUACUACUACUACUACUACAACUACUACAACUACUACUACAACUAUCAGCAUUACUACUACUACAACUACUACUACUACUACCACCACUACCAUUAUCGUUACUACUACAACUACUACAACUAUCAUCAUUACUACUACAACUGCUACUACUACUACCACUACCAUCAUCAUUACUACUACAACUACUACAACUAGCAUCACUACCACUACUACAACUACUACUACUACCACCACAACCAUCAUCACUAUUACUACCACCACUACCAUCAUCAUCACUACCACAACUAUACCUACUACGACCACCCCUACUACUAUCACCACAACCAUCAUCAUUACCCGUAAGAACGCGGUACGCCGCCUAGUGACGUUCCCCUGUCCCAGCCGUAAGCAUGUGGUACGCUACCUAGUGACGUUCCCCUGUCCCAUCUGUAAGCACGCAGUACGCUGCCUAGUGAAGUUCCCCUGUCCCAGCCGUAAGCACGCGGUACGCUGCCUUGUGACGUUCCCCUGUCCCAGCCGUAAGCACACGGUACGCUGCCUAGUGACGUUCCCCUGUCCCAGCCGUAAGAACGCGGUACGCUGCCUAGUGACGUUCCCCUGUCCCAGCCGUAAGCACGUGGUACGCUGCCUAGUGACGUUCCCCUGUCCCAGCCGUAAGCACGCGGUACGCCGCCUAGUCACGUUCCCCUGUCCCAGCCGUAAGCACGCCGUGUGCUAUACCGGGAGCAGUGACAUCCAAGUGAUAAAACCUCACAACAGUGUAUGUCCCAGCCGAGGCACCGGCAUCAGUAACUCCAAGCUUCCUGCACCUCAGUCCCAGCCGAGGCACCGGCAUCAGUAUCUCCAAGCUUCCUGCACCACAGUCCCAGCCGAGGCACCGGCAUCAGUAACUCCAAGCUUCCUGCACCUCAGUCCCAGCCGAGGCACCGGCAUCAGUAACUCCAAGCUUCCUGCACCACAGUCCCAGCCGAGGCACCGGCAUCAUCCCAGCCGAGGCACCGGCAUCAGUAACUCCAAGCUUCCUGUACCACAGUCCCAGCCGAGGCACCGGCAUCAGUAUCUCCAAGCUUCCUGCACCUCAGUCCCAGCCGAGGCACCGGCAUCAGUAACUCCAAGCUUCCUGCACCUCAGUCCCAGCCGAGGCACCGGCAUCAGUAACUCCAAGCUUCCUGCACCUCAGUCCCAGCCGAGGCACCGGCAUCAUCCCAGCCGAGGCACCGGCAUCAGUAACUCCAAGCUUCCUGCCCUCAGUCCCAGCCGAGGCACCGGCAUCAGUAACUCCAAGCUUCCUGCCCCUCAGUCCCAGCCGAGGCACCGGCAUCAGUAA